CUCACCAAUCACGUCCAAUCAGCUAGACCUAGAUCCCUUGCUCAUCUUCAAGACCAGAUGGAGAUGACACGGUCGCAGAGCCGGAGACAUGGCAGUGCAUCUCCGGGCACCGGCGGCAGCGAUCGUCUCCCGAGGUUCGAGGGUGUGAUGACGCGAGCGCGGCGCCGUCAUUGUGGAGUUGACGAUCUUCUGCCGCUGGCUUGCACUCGCAGUGGCAGCGAGUCUGUUCGUUUGAGGAAGCGACCGCGAGCGAAAGAAUGGAGGGACUGGGCCAACCUGACGACCGAUCUCAUCAGGGACGUCGCCGGCCGUCUGUGGUCCACAGAUUCUCCAUGGCCGGCGGCGCAGUACAACCGCUUGCGGGCGGUUUGCAAGACCUGGGGUGAGUCCACCUCCGUUUGCAGCCUGGAUAUCCACUACCGCCCCCACGGCUGGACGCCAAGACAGCAUAAGUCAGGCUGCCGCCUCCGCCACGUCUAUGUCGAACUCGACGCGCUCUCCAGCAAUUACAUCUUUGCCGUUACUGAAGGCCUCUUUGUCCUGCGCGACGAGAAGUCCACCGACAUUGUCCGCCUCCUCAACCCCCUCACCGGCAGCCUCACCGAGUUCCCACCCAUCACCAAGGUGCGGGCAUACGAUGGCUCCGAACUGAAAUCCAGCCAAGCCAUCAAUGCCUUGAAGCUCUACUUCUCCGACCCCAACGCGUUGUUCUGCUAUUUCGCUGGCAUCGACGACUCGACCUCCCCACCCACUCUUGUUUUCGCUGUGAUAAAUAAUGGGGAAUUGCACGUCGUCUACGCCAAGCCCGGCGAUCACCACUGGGUAUCUGUGCACAACCUGCCGAACUGGGCUAUGUGGUCGGACAUUGGCGGGCUUGCCUGGUAUUUCACACCGCCGCCUGGCGUUUGGCUGCCAAAAAAGAUUUACGUGUACUCAUUAGGGGAUAGCUAAUGGUGGCGAUUUUGGGAGGAUCUGAGUGUGAACCAAGGGAUAGUUGCUGCUGUUUUUAUUGUGGUGGAGUCGUCAGACAUUCCCAGGGAGAGUACCAAACAAGAGAGACAAUGUUUAUUUGAGGUACUACAAUUUGUACUUCUUCAGUUUACACAGAUGUGAGGCUCCUUAAUGAAUUUUACUACUACUAGCUGAAUCUUACUACAUCCUGAUCGUUUAUUUUUACUACUAUACCUGCUGGCUGAAUUUUUACACUCAUGUGAAGCUCCUUGC